UUGUCUGUGUCGUUGACCAUGAUGGUUUGCUUUGGGAUGGGAUUCUUGCAACAACCGCUGAUACGAACAUUUUAUCUCAUUUCCUCACCAUCAAGGAAGACUUGUUGUUUUGGUCGUGAAAAGCAAACGUUGAAGCAUUCGUUUCGCGUCUUUCCUUGUAUUCAACAAGUUUAUCCUGUGAAGGUUGUUCGUCUUUGGGUGGUUUGUCAAGACAAGAGUGAAUUUUCUCAACAAGAUAUUGGCCAACGGCAAGAGUCACAAGAAUUUUCUGAAACUCAGUCUAUCUCAAUAGAAGAAGCAAAUAGCUUGUCAGAAAAGGAACCUUAUCCCGGGUAUUACCGGGAUAUGGAACAACUGGGUUUGAAACCACAACCUCAAAAAGAUGAUGGUCUUAAAGUUGGUGGUGCCAAAUCAUUGUAUCGAGCAGAUGGUACCCCUUAUGCUCCUUGGUUAAUUGGAAAAGUGAUGGAGGAUCCCAGACCUUUAACAUCGAGAAAGAAGCCCAGUGCUUCAGGAAGACUAGCAGCAGAUCCUCAGUUACAAGAAAUUGCAGGAGUGGGUCUUAAGGCCAGGAUUUUGGGAGAUGAAGUUGAACUCGUUUGGAGUACAGACAAGGAAGAAAAUAAUAUUGGCUUUGUGGUUCAACGUAGAAGAGGUGGUACCGAAGACUUUCAGGUUAUCGCUGAUUACAAGACCGAUCCUAGCUUGAAAAGUAAAGGUUCAUCAGGCGGAAACUAUUCAUUUAUUGAUUCUUCUGCUUCUCCUGGUACUUGGAUUUAUCGUAUUUCUGAUGUCAACGCACAAGGUGAAACCAACGAUCUUUGUCAAACACUAGUUGAAAUCAGUAGCAAUGAAGACAAACAACGUCAAAAGUUAGCGGUUAUCAUACUUUCUGGUUUAGUCAUAAUACUUUUUGUAGUUGGGUUACUAUUGGAUCCUUUGACCAGAAAAUGAUACAAUAUCUUGUGGGAAACAGAGGGUUUCAAGUAAAUGGAUGUGAAAACUGAACCAUCAAAAGUAAUACAUUUUUCUAUUGAAAAUUUCAUUUUGUGAAU